CGUGCUCUGCUGGAGCAGAAGCAGAAGAAGAAGCGACAGGAGCCUCUGAUGGUCCAGUCCAACGUGGAUGGCCGCUCGCGCGCUCGCCGGACCAAGCAGUCCGAGGAGCAGGCCCCGCUGGUGGAGUGCUACCUUAGCAGCAACAGCAGCACCAUCUACCAUGUGCAAGAGGCCGAGCAGGAGGAGGUGAAGCCGUUGCCCGAGCCGCCGCGCUCCGCUAAAAAGGCCAAGGCCAGCGGCUCCACCCCGCAGACCGGCAGCGGCAAGAAGGAGCGAAAGGGGAAGCAUAAAGGCAUCGACGGUCCGGCAGCCUUCCAGGACGAGGCGCAGGACCUGGGCGGUCAGAUCCAGAUCCUGACGGUGGGCCACCUGUCCUCGGACGAGGCAGAGAGCGACAGCGUGUGCAGCACGCAGACCCACAGCAAGCAGGACCUGCGGGUCACCAUGCUGAAGAAAGGGAUUUCGAGCAGCAUGAACUUUGACGAAGAGGAGGAUGAUGAUGACGAAGUCAGCUCGAGUUCGUCGCAGCUCAACAGCAACACGAGGCCAGGCUCGGCCACCAGCAGGAAGUCCUGCAAG